UCCUUCUGGCUGUCCUCGUCCUCUUCAUCAACAAGAAGCUGUGCUCUGAAACCAUAAGAGGCCGUCCACAGCUGGAGCAACGAGGAAAGAGAAAGCACUCGAGAGACAAGAUUGGGGGUCACACGGGACCUGGCGAUGACAAGAACUGAGAGUCGUGCAACUGUAAAAAGAUACGGCAAAGCUGGUAUUUCACUGUGACGACGGGUGACUUGUUUGGGUGACUUGGAGACACAAAUUAUUGGUCCUUCACCAAACUUGGAGUCACCAAUUUGGCUAGGCAGGCCAGCUAACAAGGCCUUGGAAUCCUCCUGUCUUUGUCUCCUCAGGAUUACAUGUUAUGUGCUGCUAUGCACGGCAUUCUGCUGAGAAGUGUUGAGAGUGAAAUGUUGACAGCCAUUAAGAGACCACCCUGUCAAACACAGUUGCUCUGUUCCUACAAAGACCUACUCCAUAGACCUUGGUGCAGGAACCAGCAUGCUGCCUGGUUUUCCUUACUGCCAGCGGUGCUCACGUACUGCAAUGUUUUCUUUAUGUGUGUGUUAAUAAAAUUUUGCCUGUUGUAAAAAAAAAAAAAAAAAAAAAAAAGGAGACUUCCAAUUAAAUCUCUCAUCGUGCUUGUUCUGUAUUUCACGAAAGCCCAGAGUUCUGGAGGAACCGAGUGAGCGGACUCUGUCGACACGAGGUAGUUGGCCAUGGUGUUGGCCAUGGCAUCUCAUGAUGCUCAGAACUUCUUCCAGCCUUUGUCUUCCUGGCUAUCCCGAGUUUACGAAGCUCUCCAGCAAGCAGGGGAUGCGUUAUCUGCUUCACUGGUUCUUCUUAGCAAACACGAUUCGACACCGAGGGACAAGCCAGAGCAGGACUUAGAUGCUAUUCAGAGUCAGGAAACCUACUUUGAAGAGGAAGAGCAGGAUAAUGAUGGGAGUCCAGAAGAGGCAACCUCCCCAUUUCCUGAAGAGGACCGUUUCUCAUGCUCUAACAGUGAUUUACAGGACUCUGUCCGAACGGCAAGCCCCAGACUUGGUCAGCAAGCCACAGACUCUGUAAUGCCCCAGUGGCCCAGUCAGAACUCAGCUGGCCCAAAGCCCACACGUGUGCUUUCUUCUAUUGCGGAGGAAGACCAUCACUCCGAGAGGCGGAGAUGUGGCCUCCAGCAUGGCUUUGACACCCAUCUCCCUGGCACUUUAGAGAAAGAUAAUGGAAAAAAUCAAGUUAACAGCUUUGGGGAUAAUGAAGAGCCACCCACCUCUUCUGAGAGUGAGGAAGAUGUGAGUAAGCAGUUUGAGAUCUCUGUGUCCCGAUCCCAGAGUUUUCGUACGGGAGCACCGGAGAAGGGAAAAACAACAGAGUUGGGACAGAAAACAAAACGCAAACAUUUGCUGUCCACUCACCAAGAAGACAGUGCUGAGGUGUCUGCUCGUGAAGAUUUGGAUGGAACCAGUCAACUCAGUUAUUCUGAGUUUCUGCCUUACGAAGAUCGCCCCAUCUCCACCCUCUCACAGUACCCCUGUGAGAGCAGUGACACCAGGCACCACGGCCCUUGUCAUCAAGAGACUGUCGCCCUCCGAAGCCUCAGUCGUCCUUGUGCAAAUGGCAUCCUGGAGACGGAGACGGCUUUUACUAGUCAGGGCUUUGAGGAUUCCUAUGCCACCCACAGCUCCUCUAUGUGGAGUCCUGAGGAACAGGAUGGGACCAAUCUGCAGGUGCCUACCAGACUCUCGGAGCCUAUCUCAAAAUGUGGUGACCUGGAUGUUGUCUUUGAAUAUAGAGCUGUAACCCAGAAGCUCACGGUGACCAUUGUGAGAGCACAGGGUCUUCCAGAUAAGGACCGAAGCGGUGUCAACUCCUGGCAAGUUCAUGUAGUGCUGCUCCCCAGUAAGAAGCAGAGGGGUAAGACGAACAUCCAGAGAGGGCCCAACCCGGUCUUCAAGGAGAAGGUCACCUUCGCCAAGCUGGAGCCCAGAGACGUGGCUUCCUGUGCUGUCCGCUUCCGCCUGUAUGCUGCCCGGAAGAUGACCCGAGAGAGGAUGAUGGGAGAGAGGCUGUUCUCUCUCAGCCACUUGCACCCAGAGGGCGAAAUGAAAGUGACUCUGGUUCUGGAGCCAAGAAGUAAUAUGAGCAGUGGAGAGUCCCCGCUCAGCCCAUCUGUGGUGUCUCACAGUGACAGUGCUUCAUCCACACAGUCGCUGUCUCAUGGAGGGGUGCCAGAGCUAUUGGUGGGGCUGUCCUACAACGCCACAACAGGGCGAUUAUCUGUGGAAAUGAUCAAAGGCAGCCAUUUCCGCAACCUCUCUGCUAGCCGAGCUCCUGAUACAUACGGAAAGCUCUUCCUCCUCAACUGUGUGGGCCAGGAGAUGUCCCGCUGCAAGACGUCCAUUCGGCGUGGCCAGCCCAAUCCUGUCUAUAAAGAGACCUUUGUCUUCCAAGUGGCCCUCUUCCAGCUCUCUGAUGUCACCUUGAUGGUUUCCAUUUAUAGCAGGCGCACGAUGAAGCGCAAAGAGAUGGUUGGCUGGAUUGCCCUGGGCCAGAACAGCAGUGGGGAGGAGGAGCAGGAGCACUGGGAGGAAAUGAAGGAAAGCAAAGGCCAGCAGAUUUGCAGGUGGCACACCUUGCUGGAAUCCUAGGUCUACCAAACAGGCAUCUGAGUGCUAUAUCAGCCUUGGGUAUCUGACACCAAGUCAGAGCACUGGGAGUUGAGGGGAGGGGGGGGGGGGCUUUUAAAUGGAGAAUUUGACUAAUCUUAGGUCGUUCCGUGGUUUCGGACAGUAUCGAAGGUUUGAUUUGAGCUUAAGUGUUGUAAUGAAAGGGAAGCUCCACACAGAGCCAAGUGCACAGCACGGGAAAUGGGACUCUAGUGGAGAGCACUGGCGAUGCCGUAAUUUGGGCUGAUGGACAAUUGUGUUUUUGUUUACACGGUUGAUGCAGCUUCUCCUCUUUUCUUUUGCUCGGAGAACAGCCUGAUAUUUCAAAGGAGCUGUAAACAUUUCUGUUUUCCAUCACUGAGGUGUGGGAAUCAGACUCUGCUCAGUGAAAUGAAUCAGAUGCCCAGGAUUACAGAAGGCUGUAAGCAAGCCACAAUCCUCUGCCACACCUACUCCUUUUAUGAAAAAAAAAAAAAAAAAAAAAAAGCCCUUUAUUUAAAAGGUUAUUGUUGUAAACCUGUGGUGUAAAAUAAAUUUGUAUUCAUGAGAUGUCUCUUUUAUCUCAAUUAGAUAUCACGGUUUCUACGAGAAUUGGGUUAGACAAAUCACCUUGACGCUGUACAAGAGUUAGAGACUGACUGUUAGCUGACUAUCUCUUUUUGAAUAUUUAAGAUUUCAAAAAUCAAAGUUGUUUUUUUUUGGGGGGGGGAGGUGGCUUUCUUACCAAAUCAGUACCUAAAGAACAAGAAGAUAAUUUAAGUUUUGGCUUUCUCGAUAUUUCUGAAUCUGCCAUUUAUUUGGAUUUGCCUUUUCUAUGGCUAAUUAUAUGAACUCACACAUGCAUUUUUGUACGUACUUCUGAAUGCCAGCCACAUUCAUCUUUAUGCUGUGUACCUUGCCAGGGGGGCCUAGGAAGAUGCAUACAGUGUUUCUUCAUACAUACUGAUUUGAUUGAUGUGUGGGAAUGAGCACGUGCACUCCUCUGAGUGAAAAGAAUACUGUCAUUUGGUAUGGAAUUACACUGAAUUCUUGGAGCGUUUAUACCCAGCACCGUGUGCAACGAUAUGCAUUAGUGAGUCCUUGUCUUCGGGGCGUGUGCUGUUUAUUCCCAAACGCUGACCUUGUAUGGUUCUGGGCGCGGGGUUUUUCUUCUGAGUGGCUCUUCCAUGUUUAUGCAGUGUGCUUGUGUGUCCCUUCUUCCUAGAUCUAAGCUCUUAAUUUUGAUGACUCCCACCAGGAAGUGACAAAGAAGGAGGAGUGCGCGCAUAACCCUGUGCUCACUGUUGCGGGUCCUCUGAGCACGUGCCAAACACUUACUUUUAGAUCUUUAUGUUUUCUUGUUGACUUCUGUCCUGUCUUCUGGGAGAGCGAUAGCUAGUGACAGAUACAUACAUACAGUCAAAGCCACAUAACUUCCCCCACAGCUCUACAUUUUGACAGAUUGUAAGCGUGGGCUGCUACACUUGGGAGCAGAUUUAUCCCUUGCACUUUGUAAUGGUUAUCCUGACAAGACCAGACAAGGUAACAAGAUACUCUACUAUGAUCACAGGGAUCAGAUUUUUUUUUUUUUUCUUCAAGAAACAAUUUUAUACAGAAAGGGUAAGAAUUUGCAGAAUGAAUGGGGAUCUUGAUUUCUCUUCGGGUCCUUUGGGUUUUCCCCGGCCUUCCUCGGGAAGACCUCAAAGUGCUUUCUCAGCACCGUGUCCAUUAGCCGCCGUGCGGUCUUUUUUGCAGUGUGACUGUGUCAUGGGGGAAGAACUGAGUGCAAUUGAUGAGAGCGGCGAAGAAUUGCCUUUUCACAUCCCUCCCUCUCUGUACGCCUUGUGUUUCAAGGGAAGCAGGGCAGCCUCGUUAGGCUUCCCUUUAGGCCGCUGGCAUAAUAGCAGCAUUCAUUUUAAAAAUUUACAUUUGAAAAAAAAUCUGUAUAUAUUGUACAGACAGCCCUGGGUUUUCCUCACCCAUGUUUGCCUGCUCUACAUGCUGCCUGUAUCCACGGCCUUGUGGUACCCAGUAACCACCUAUGCUUUCUGUCCUCCUCACCCGGUUUUAGGGGUGUCUGUUGGCAUAGUGAGCUGAAAAUAAUAAAGAUGCCUGAAAAGCAUCCCUCCCUUUUUUAAUUUUUUGUUGUUGUUGUUGCUGCUGCUACUCACCCUAUAACACACGUGCAUGCUGAUUAUACACAGCAUCCCCCCUCGGCGGAUGGUACAGACAUCAGAUUCUAAAGACAAGAUGCAUUGAAAUGUGAGGCUGAACAUUUGUUUUUUUCACCCUCAGUUUGAAAUUCUGCUUUAGGAAGAUCUUUGGAUUUUGUGCACUUAGACUCUCUUAUUUUCUUGGCAAAGUCUAGACCCAAAUGCAUUUAACAUGCUUUUUUUUUUUUUUUUUUCACUUGAGCGUUUACAGCUACAUUUGCUUCUCAAAAGAGUUAUGAAAGAUAAUUAGUUGGCUCCGUGGCGGGAAGGCUGCUUCUGCCUGUUUUAGGCAGCUGAUGAUUAAUAUCUUGUGUGGAGCUUGAUACGGAAGCAAUGCUGAGUUUUGUGGCGUGAUGUAUCUUUCCUGAAGAGUGUGCUUGUAAACUAACAUCGUUGAGAGUACAAGAUGCACUGGGCUUGUGGAAAUGUGUUUCAUCGUGGGCCUUCUUUCAGGACUGAAUCGAGAAGGGGUAGUCUCACCAGUGGUGCUGAUGGUGGCCGUUGUACUCUGCUCUCCUCUGACUAUUGUUGGGUUUUCUUUUCCUCUUUUUAAAUAGACUUUUCACUAGACGCACACACACACACACACACACACACACACACACACAUACACACCUGCUGUUUGUUCCCUUCCUUCACUGGGAGAUGAGAGCUGCACAGUUGUUUUGGAUCCUGUUUUUAUUGAUCACGUAACUAUUGGGCAGAGGGAGUCCUGCUUUCCCUAACGAAAGAACUUAGGAUGCCCAGGAAUGUUCCAUUCUCAGCAUUCCACCAGCAAGAGGCCCCAGAAAUGAUACAUACCCUGUCUGUGUAGAGCAUGACAUUGCGUCCGGUUAAACUUCUUAGGCCAUGGCAUGCUUUGAUGGCAAUUCAGGCAUUGAUGCAAAUAUUAACAUUCUCCACAGUGCAAGGUGCCAGAAGCACAUCUUUCCCCUUUUUAUCAUGUACAUUCACAGCGUUAGUUAAACAAGUUAUUGCCUCUUGUUUAUUGUGGUUUAUAUUGAGGCUGUACUAGAAGGCAUUAUCUGUGAAUCUAAAUUAUUUUCAAGUAAAGCGAUAUUUAAGUUUCAUAGGAAAUUCAUUGAUCUCUUAAUUUUCCGCGUGGGCACCAAGCUUUGUAUCCUCCCAAACCCAGCAGUCCUUUUCGUGCAGAGGACUUAGCAUAAAAAGGUGUGGAAGAAGUCAUUUGUAAGUGACAUGAAACUGCAUGGAAACAACUUGGGGACAGGAUCUCUCUGCAGCCCCCUGGACAAUACAGUGUAGCCCAGGCUUUCCUUAAACUUGUGAUCCUCCUGCUUCAGGCUCCAAAGUGUUGUGAUUACAGCAUCUGUAAACUACGUUGCCUGGCUUGGAGGAAUAUUCUUUGCUGAGAAGUGAAUAGACCACAAAGCACACGUAGCACUUCUUCCCCCUUAAUCUUUACUGGAACUGUGAUGAAAGGCCAUUCCCUUCUGAAUUCCGAGUCAGGUGCAAAUGAUAGAUGAUCUUGAAAUGACAAAAGAACUUUUAUUUUUGGGAAAAAAAAAAACCAAAUAAUUUAUUUAGAUACAACUAUAAAAAAGACAGUGUGUAAGAACUAAGGAAAUCCGUAUGCUGGCAUGUGUGGCACAUGGGUAUAUAUUCAAGAAGAAUCAAUAAAUAGGCUGAGAAAGGCAUUUACAGUUAACCAGAACUCAACAAUCCGUGGGAUUCUGGGCUAUAUACUUAAAGGUGUGUAACAAAGCUGACACGAAGCAGUGAAGUGGACACAGGCUGUGCGGUCAUGGUCAGGUUCAGAUGGAACUCUGCUAUGUGGCCUUAGGAAAAUGGCUUCCCCAUGCCACAGUGUCCCUAAAUGGAAAGCAGAAUCUAUGUGAACCUCCUAAGAGAGUUCAGCGAAGUCAGAUUUGUAAUGUGACCAAAAUAGAAGCUGGCACAAAGCUAAUAGUAUUUCCUCCUUCUACUCAUGCUUGAGAAAGAAGUGUUUCAGGUUCACUACUUUUUCUAAGAAUGUGGUUAUAACACGAGGCAGGAAUUCUAAGCAUUUUUUUCAGGAACUUAAAAAAAAAAAAAACCUUCACAAAUCUGGCCUAGAUUUGCCCAGAAAGUAGAUCUUGUCAGGAGAUGAGUAUGAUUAAGUGAAUAAAUUAUAUCAUAAUAGAUAUCAAGUAGCCAAAUCCCUGUCUUUUAUUCUCUGCUUUGGAGGUAAUGCAAAACCUGAGUAAUUUAUGUUUACAUCUUGGUCAGCUGCACACAGGCCCUUUGUCAACCCACUUUGCUGUUCAUUCAGAGACAGGGCCACUUACUGAUACCCUUCAAAAAACUUGUGGAGUUAGGCUAUGUAUUUGAACUUGAUCUAAAAAAAAAAAAAAAACAAGCAGUGUAUUACUGCAGUGACACCCUUUAAAAAUAGAUGUAACCUUAAAACUCACAUUAUAUCUUUAUGGUGAGGAACUUUAUGGGACCACGUAGGAUUCAUUGUUCCACUGGAAGUUCUAUUCAGAAUCAGUUACUUGUUGGCAUUCCCAUGAGAUCACAAUGAAAGAAAUCCCAUAAUCCCACAGAACCUUCUUUCAGUCUAAGAGGUCCUGGUUGCGGCAAUCAUAAGCAUGUCUAGUUGCUUUCAGGUGAUUCAAGCUACAAGUGAUGGAGAUACCCUAAGAGUUGGGAGAAGCCUUUGUUGGACUUUAAUCCACAGAAGUCAAGAACACGUGACUCAAGUACCUCAAGUGUUACUGGGUACCAUGGGCCAAUCAUCUUCUGCAUGGUGGUAGUGGUUGGUUGGAGAUAGGAUCUCUUGUGACUUUGAACCCACUAUAGAGUUGAGGAUGACCUUGAACUUCUGAUCCACCUGCUUCCAUCUCCUCAGGGCUGGGAUUAUAGGUGUGUGCCAUCAUACCUGUUUUCUGAGGUGCUUUGGUCAGGGCUUUGUGGAUUCCAGGAAACACACUAACAACUGAGCUCCAUCCCUGGGCCCUGGUUGUAUUGUAAACUAUGACUGGCUCUGGGAAGGGAUGCUGCAAGGCUGUUCUUUCACCCAUGGCCAAGGUGUUAACCUGCUACAUUGAAUCCCAGGCUCCCAAUUCAGGGACAACAUAGAGACAACUGGGAAUGAGUCAUUUAGCUCCGUGCUUUCCAAUGGGGAUAACAAGUAGGGAUGGUACAGCUGUUGGAUGGGAGGUAAGAAGACGAGGAAGUGACUUACGGUCACAGUGACCCAGAAGGUAGAACCCUAUAUCUUCAUGGGUGAGGAACUUUCCACUGGGAAAAAGGUAGGAUUCCUUGUCCAACUGAAUUGUUCUAUUCAGUUACUUGUCUUUCCCAUCAGAUCACAAUGAAAGAGAACCAUAGUGGAGAGGACACUGUAUUCUGAUCUUUGCACAUGGAUAGGAUCUAUGCACAAGCCCAUAUGACGUGUCUUUUAACUUAAGACAUCAGCAGAAGUAUAGGUAGGUUGUUUUUCAUUUGCGUCAAUGUAUUUGUUGAAUUUCCUCUUGUGCAGUGCUGGGUUAUUUGGUAUGGCCCAGAGUUAAAAAUGACGUCUUUCUGAUGUCAUUGGCUAACACGAAAAUCACAGUACUUCCCAAUAUACAGUCGUUAUUUUUAAUUAUUUGUGGUAUAAAGUAGACUUUGUAAUUGUGGGUUAUUGGAAGGAAAUGAGAUACAUUUUUGGCUGAAUAACUUAGGAGAGAAUGGCUGACAGUCCCUGAGUUGGUGGCCAGCCUUUAGUUGCCUGAAUGGGGGAGUUGAUUGCCAAGAAGAUUCCAGAUGCAUGACUUAAAACAGAAAGUUGUGGUGGAAGUCUUAGUUCCAGAAGAAUAAGAGGGUACCUAGGAAGCAUGUCUCUAGAAGAUCUCUUCUAAAUUUAGAAUCAACACUCCUGGCCCAUGCUCUUCCCCUUUGUAUUUUCUCCACAUGGAUUUUUCUCUACUGCUUCUGUCUUCUCUGGGGAGCUGCUGCUCAGUCAAGUCUUGCUUGGCUAACAAUAGGGUGCCUGUAGGCUUUGGCUGCUUCUCCUCUCCUAAGGUGCAUCAACUGUCGACGAUUUUCAUUCCCCUUGGGUCAGAUUGCUGUAUCCUAGACACAGAGGUGAUAAUCACCUAUAUUUACAGCCCACAUGGAACCUGUGCACAGCUUGAGGUUUUACAGCACAAACACAGGCGGCAGCCAUGGAGGUCUGUGGAUGUUCUCAGAAUCACAAGGCUGAGCCCUGUGAAUGGCUCUCCAGUGUUCACUAAUGCUGCCACAAGUGUCUCAAGAGAGCUUUCCCUUUUUACUGCUGUAUGACAAAAUCACGAAUCGACUUUGAGGUUCAUGAGAACGCAGAUUUCCCCACGGUGUCACCAGAUUUAUGUAUAAUUUUUUUGUUGACAAGUUUUUUCCCCAUAAAAUAUAACUUGAUUUUUAAAAAUUGUUUGAAUAUAUUCAAAACAUAUUCACUCAAAAAAAUGAAAAAAGUCACUGAUGCUUAGAAUGUUCUAGAAUUUGGGCUGGGACUCGACACAGGCUGGUAAUGUUCAACAGCAUUUUUGCUCCCAAAUAACCUCUUCUUUCAUGCUUGAUUCUGACAAGGACUGCAGGCAAGCAAAAAUUGACUUUUAUGAUCUUGUAAUUUGGGACUUAAUAAAUUUCUACGAUGGUUUCCUCCCACCACCCCCUGUGAAGGGGAGAGAUUUGGAAGUUAUCACUCUGUGUCUAGUUAAGGGAUAAAUAUCCUUGGCAGUUUAUGCUUCUCUUCAAAAUAAAUGGGUGUUUUAUAUCUAUAGAGGGAGGAAUGCAGUGUUCCACUCCUGCAAAGAAAUGAGUUACAGCACGAGGUGGUGGUUAGACGGUUAUUUGAACCUCUGUGGCUGAAUAUUGAAUUCCCUUUAUAAGUCACUGGGAUGGUGGGUCUGGGCAGGCAGGUGUGACACAGUUCUUACAGGCUCUGCAUAUCAGAAAUGGCUGCUCCUUCCUGUCUGUGUGGACUGGAGACUACCUAUAGGACACAUGGGUGAGGAUGCGGACAAAAGACCCUAACACCUGUUUUUGUUUUUAAAUGAAAUGUUAUCAUGAGCUCAUAUGAGGCAAGGUAGGACAGAUGUAGGUAAAGAGAUACCACAUACUUUCUCUCAUUUUGAAGCCUAGACUCUAUAUGGCUAGACAAGACCAUUUUUCUAUCUGUGGCACAGAAGAAGGGACAAAGAGGGAAGCCAGCAGGAGUGGGGAGAGGAGGAGGUAAAGGGCACGGGGUGCUAUGCUCAAAGUGCAUGCAGCCUACUUAAACGUUUGUCUUUAUGAAACUAACCACUACAGAGAAUGAAUAACUCCAACCCAGUCCAGCCCUCCACCCCAAAUCCUGCAUUUUGGGCAUCCUUGUAAAAUGUGUAAGAUCAAUGUUGGGUUUUUAUUUUUACGUGGAAGAUGGGCUAACAACUGUUUUCUAGUGUUCAUUUUUGAAGUUGGUCUAAACGCAAUUUGGUUUUAUGGUCUAGGAAUCAGCUCUUAAAGCUGGAGUGUUUGACUAUUGAGCUAUAUCUCCAGUCCUGGAUAUCAUUCCUGAUACUUUAAAUUUUAUAAUUAAAAAAAAAAACAGGUUGGUUUUCUUUUUUCCAGUGGUGGAGUUAUUUAUCAUUCUUAACAUCACAAGAGCUCAAGUGUCCACUAAGCACAUCUCAAGCUACCUAAUUCAGAAUCUUUGGUGACCUAAACAACUUACUGAAGAAUGUUUAGGUAUGGCUCAAUCCAUGGCCCAUAAUAAGAAUACAGAUAUAUCAUCUGAUAAUGACCUUGGUGGUUGAGAAAAGGCACCAGAAAGUUACCUAAGUUAUCCUUCCUGCCCCUGGCCAGGGAACCUUCCACAUGCAGCUGACCUGGGCUCAACAUUUUUUAUUUUUAUUUUUUACAAUUUAUUCAUUAUAUAACCUAAUUGAAGCACCCUCCUUCAACUCCUUCCAGUCCUACCCUCCAUCCCUCCCUCCCCUUUUCUUUCCCCUAGUCCACUGAGUAUGGGAAUUCUCCUCCCCUCCUAUCUGCCUCUUGCUUAUCAAGUCUCAUCAUGACUGCCUGGAUCCUCCUCCUUUAUGGCUUGGCAAGACUGCAUCAUCAGCGGCAAGGGAUCAAAGAGUAGGGAAUUGAGUUCUUGACAGACACAGCCCCAGCCCUCUUACUAGGGUAACCACAUGGAGACUGAGCUGCCAAUCUGCUACAUCCGAGCAGGGGAUCUAGGUCCUCUCCAUGCAUGGUUCUUGGUUGGUGUAUCAGUCUCUGCUGGACCACACUGGGCUGGGUUUUUUGUUUGUUUUUGUUUUUGUUUUGUUUUUAGCUUUAUUGGUCUCCUUGUGGGACUCCUGUCCCCUCCCUUCUUCCAUAAGGCUCCCUGUACUCUGCCCAAAGUUUGGCUGUGGGUCUCAGCAUCUGCUUCAAUCCCCUGUUGGGUGGAGCCUUACAGAUGACUGUCUAUAGUAGGCUCCCAUCCUGUUCCUUCUCUUCCGCCACUUUUGGGCUCAGCUUCUUGGUGGUAUUUUUUCUGUCUUUGUCUCCAGUUUUCAGCUCCUGUCACUCACUAGCUUUGUGAAUUUUCAACAUGCUUCCUCUUUAAACUCUGAAGAAUGUUUUCAGGAUAAGAAAGAUAAUGCCACGCAAGCGGUUCUGAAUAAAGCUCUGAAUUAUAGAGGUACACUUCUUUCAUAAGAGGGGUGGUCAGGUUCCUUACAGUGAGCACAUGGGCCAAGCUCUCUAAUUUUGCUACACUUCUCUGUACUCCCACAGAAAUCGUGACUCAUGCCCAAUUCUUAUACCUUGUAAAGCAACAUUUUGUUGUUACCAACUAAUGCAGCCACACCUUUUGAGUUUUAGUAUUAGAAAAUAUGAAAUACAAAUUUCUCAGAAUUUCAAGAUAGUUUUAUUACAGGUUUUACUUUAAGUUUAUGAGCAGGAAGAGAAACUGUAUAAACUCUAUUGUGGAAAAAAUUUACGUUUGUCAGGAUGACAUUUGACCUGUCUUUGCACCUUAAACACUGAUAGGUUUGUGAUAGUUUUCAUAAAAAUAAUGAACUUCCUUUUUUCAGAAUAAUUUUAGGUUCGCAACAAAACCCUGAAUCCCCACCUGCCUGCUCACACAGGCUUUUGACUAUCCGCAUUGGAUCCGGCACAAUCAGUCAGCCUAUGCCAGCACAUCCUUUAUAGGAAGCGGGUAGUUCACGUCAGGGCUUUUCCUGUGUUAUAUGUUCUGCGGGGUCUGAAGCACAUGAACUGUGUGCCUUUGUUAUCAUAGUAGCCUGUGGGUUAUUUUCAGUGCCCCCAAAUCCCUCUGUGUUCUGAUUCCCAGAUCCUCUCUCCCCACUAAGUCCCGGCAACCACUGAUCUUUGUACCAUCUCCAGAGUUUUGUCUUCCAGAAUGUCACAUAGUUGGAAUCAAUCACUGUGCAGACUUCUCAGAUUGUCUUCUUUUACUUGCAAUCUGCAUUUACAUUUUUGUGUCUUUUCAUGCCUUGAUAGCUCAUUUCUUUUUUUUUUUUUUUUAAGCGUUGUUGAAUACUAUUCUGCUGUCUGGAUACAGCAGUGUAUGACCCGUUUACUCCUGCUUCUAUUGCUUCUAUUUCCAUUUGCUAUGCAACAUUGAAUGUGAAUGUUGACAGGAAAACCCGAUUGAUUUUUUUUCCUGUGACCCAUCCAAUAGAAAGUAGCCAUUUCCAACUUGGACUCAGUUUCACGUAGGUGAUACAGGUCUUGUUUGGAGAGAGGGGUGGGAAAGGUUGCCUCAUAUUUUGUGUUAGGUAAUCUGAGCCGUUCUUCCUCUGCAUGGAGCAGAGUUCUGAAGGCUUUGUGCAUUGGAUCCCAAAUUUAGUUACCCCCGUUGUGUUCUGUUGAGCAAUGUUUUGGAUGGUUUGCCUCUAUUAAAAAGUGCUACUGGAUCUGGAUAGGAAGCUGGCUCUCUUCUCAGUCUACACGGCUGAGAGAAGCCUUGUGAUCCUGUGCGUUGCCUUUGUCAACAGGGUACAUUAUUAAUAGUGGCUUGUAAGCACCUGGAACCUCGGCACUUCGAGGGGAAGAGUCAUCCACUGCAACCAGGACGGGUGACCUGGUUUUGUCACCUGGUGACCGGUGACAAGCAGAUAGAUGUUGGAAUGAUGGUCCUAAUGAUCACAUGGGGUGAUUGUCACUGAGGAGAAGGUCUGCCCCGUGAGCCAUAUCCGAGGCUGAUAUCAUACAGCCUUGCCCUAGGCUUCGCUGCCAGCCACUUGUGGACCCCGGGCCCUACAGCAGAGAUGAAAUUAUAAUUGAGCAGUGAGGGCUGAAUGCAAAUUAACAAGGCCUGCAUUCUGGGGUACCCUGCCUUUCUUUUAUGAUCUCCAACAACGAUGGCAAACUUCAAGUCCCCCCCGCCCCCCAAGCUGCAUCUGUCAGCUGGGAUUGUUAAGUCUAUUUUACCUGUUUGCACUAGGAUGUAGGAAGAUGAUUCUUUCGUUUUCCAUUAAUAAAACAAGCCCUGUGAGCCCCUACUGUGGAUGGAGGAUGAGAUCCUAGAUGAAAAGCAUUUUUUUUGCAGAAUUUUUGAAGACAUGCAUGAUUUUUUGGAGGCUUUAAGCUACUUUAUUUUUAUAUUAAGGUCAGAUCCACUUUCAUUAUGUUGCUGUAUCAAAGUAAUUGACACUUUUAGAUCUCUGCCAGUAAUUUUACUAAAAGUUACAAGUUGGAAUGUUCUUUAGUGAUUUUGCCUCUGAGAAAAUAAUGUGUUAGGUUCUGAUUUAAAAGGUUUUGAAGUGUGUGUGUGUGUGUGUGUGUGUGUAGGCAUGAUCUGUGCAUGUAACAUGCCUGUAGAGGUCGGGUCAGAGGACAACUUUGUGAAGUCAUUUCUCUCUUUCCACUUUUCCUUGCUUCCUGGGAAUCAAACUCAGGUCAUCCAGAUUGCACACAGCCAUUUUGACUCAUGCCAUCUUGCUGUCCCAAAUUUGUUUGUUGAAACACUGACAAAAAAUUACAACCACAUCUUUAUUUCAGGGGUUUUCCAUCCUUCAGUUGAGUGCACACCUUCCUUAUAACAGUUUGAGUACAGGGAAAGUACUAAGUUAACUGUUCCCUCCCCAUCCUCCAAAAUGGAAUCUGAAUACAGUUUGUGGAAAGAAAUCCAGCCCAUCCCACCGCACACUACAAAGGGUUCCUAAACCCACUUUAUCACUUUCUCUUGAAGAACAUGGAUAACUACCUCCCACCCCCAACAGCCUCCCUCACACAAGCACUUCCUUUGUAAAUAGACUUUCGUUAUCUCUCAGAAAAAAAAGUAAAGAUUAAAACUCAUUUUUAAGGAAUAUCCAAGAUUUCACAGCAAUAUUUUGUGUUCACAGAGCAAAGAUAAAUCUGAGUAGUCCUAAUUUUUUUUUUAGUCUUCAUAUGGCAUCUGAAACAGUUGUUCACAUUCACACAUCUAUAUUUCGCCAUAUGCGUACCGUGUGCAGUUCUGUUGUUUUAAAAUAUUUUAUUGGUUUUUCUUUCAUAUCUUAACUUUUGAUGGGUGUCCUUGAAGAGCAUAAAAAAUGUAAAUGUGAAUGAUUCAUUCAUUCUGAGCACAUGUAACUAUUUUGGGAGACAUCUUCAGGAGGUUUUACCCUACGGUGGAGCAUGCUGUUCUCGGCAGGGAGAGCUUCCCGGGGCUGCUCUGCUCCUGGCUGGGUGCUACGAGAUGCAGGGACGUGAUAAGAUCAUUUCUUCCUGGUUCACGGUUACCGCCGGGCUACCAUCUCUGUGAACUCCACUGCCCUUGCUCUUGGGUGGUUGGCAACAGUUUUAGACAUUUCACUUACAUUUUUAAGCCUCAAAUUGGGUCUUUGCCUAGAUUUCCAAGCGACUGGCAGAAUUUUUGGUAAGUUUAUUGUUCAAGGCCAGGCUGUCGUCAAGUCGCAGUUGCCCUGAUCCUCUCUCAGGACUUCAUAGGCAUUUCUGAGCUGGCCUCUAUUUAUAUGCCCCCCCUCUGAAGAGAGUUCACCCUCGGGUAAUGCCUGUGUGGUCCACAGGCACCUGAAAGAGAGAAUGAAUCAUCAGAGCAUUUCAUUUUGGAACUCUAUGUUUCUCCUAGUAUGGCAUUAUUGGCUUUGGGGUGCCCCAUUAAAGCUUAGGUGAAUACAAUUCUGUCUGUCAGAAGAGUAGACAGCUACAGAAUAUAGCAGCCAUCCCCAUUUCUAAAUUUACUUCUGUCAGUAACAUAAAAACACACACACACACAAUCACACAUAGUAAAACAACACAUUCACACAAACACACUUAAACAUAAAAACACACCAUGGAAUGCACACACACACUCACCCUUACACACAUGUAAACACAUACAUACACAGAUAUAAACACAGAAACACACAUAAUCAUACACAU